GGGCGAACAACUGAGGGCAUGUGCUAAUCACGCGGAAUCUGUUUCGAAUGAUUUCUUGGGCAUAAUGGCGGCCAGGUGCAUCCAGGAGUAGCCGUAUUGACGGCCAGGUACCUUCAGAGGAAUGUGUCCGAGUGGGCGAGUAUGCUCUGAGUUUAAUCAGUUGGUUGGAGUGGCGGGGGAGAGAGAGGAGGAGGAGGAGGAGGAGGAGGAGGAGGAGGAGGGGGAACAGGAAGAAUUGAAGGGGAGAGAGGUAGGUAAGGGGGAGCCUCGUCUCUCGUGGCGGGCAAACACGAGUCAGAGGCGCAAGAAGCCAUGUGUCCUGGUAUUCUGCUGCCGGGGGGCACUAUCCUCCUCCUCCUCCUCCUCCUCCUCCUCUUUCUCCUCAUCGCCUUCCACGGCUUCUAGUUCUACCACCCUUCAAACGGCUCUUUGCCAGUCGACAUUGCGCGCCGAGCGUGCCCCUUCAGUCUGGGUAACAGCGAGACCCCGUGGCAGCAGCAGCAGCAGCACGGUCGCAAUCGCGAUCGGUGGAGGUUUUCCCACAGGCGGCAACAGCAGCAGGACAAGGGAGAAGGUGGUGGUCAGGUGCAGUGGCUCUCGAGGCGGCGACGGCGGAUAUGGUGGUGGGAGCAGAAGAACGGCAGCAAGGAGAAUCAACAGCGACAGGAAGCGGACUCAACCCUGCCUUCUUUCGCGGGAAUGCAGCAUGGCCGGUAGCUUCUCAUCCCCCUCUUCUUCUCCUUCUUCCUCGUCUUCGUCGUCGUCAUUGUCCUCGGUGGUCUUGAGAUACCGAUCAUCAGGAAGGCGGCGGACAUCAGCGGGCAAAGCGGCGGCGGCGGCGGAGGCGGCAGUUCUCCCUGUGCACAGCGGGUUGAGGAGGGGCGGGCGCGCGAUGAUCCCUAGGGUUCUGGACACGUGUCAAGCGACUGCAAGCGCGCGAUUGUUCGCUGCUGUGCAGGAUGCCACGUCAGCGCCGGAUCGGCAAUCUGAUGAUUGCGGCUUGGAAGUCGAUCAGAUAGGAGGAGGGAGAGGAGGAGGUGGUCGUCGAGGACAGGUGACGAUGAUGCCCAUCGGAACUCCCAAGGUGCCGUACCGAACGCCGGGGGAAGGAGGAUGGCAGUGGGUGGAUAUCUGGAAUGUGCUUUAUCGUGAGAGGAUCAUCUUCGUUGGCCAAUACAUCGAUGAGGAGUUUGGCAAUCAAGUGCUUGCGACGAUGCUCUAUCUAGAUAGCGUCGAUUCCACAAAGCCGAUGUACUUGUACAUCAACUCCCCCGGAGGGGAGAUUACUCCGUCGAUGGCGCUCUUUGACACGAUGGAAAGCAUUGCAAGUCCAGUCGGGACGUUGUGUUUUGGGUAUGCGUACAAUAUGGCAUGCUUCUUGCUGGCGGCGGGAGAGAAGGGAAAACGAGCGGCUAUGCCGAUGACACGUGUGGCGCUGCAACCGCCGGCGGGAGCGGCGCGGGGACAGGCGGAUGACGUGCGGAACGAGGCGAACGAAUUGGUGCGCGUGAGGAAGUACAUGCACGGGGUGUUGGCGCACAAGACAGGUCACGAUAUAGAGAAAAUCGCCAAGGACUUGAGUCGAAUCAAGCGCUUUGAUGCCAAGGAAGCCAUGGAGUACGGUCUCAUAGACCGAAUUGUACGGCCAAUUCGGAUCAAGAAAUCUGCACCGCCCAAGGAAGUCGCCGCAUCUGCUCCUUGACAUGCCCAGUCCUCCACGUCCUCUCAUAGUGUCGUUCACUCUGCUGCAGUUGCCUACCUGCCUCCUCCUCCUCCUCCUGCUGCUGCUGCUGCUGCUGAUGUAGGAGGAAGAGAACAUGUAGGACGAGCUUCUUCUUCUUCUUCUUCUUCUUCUUCUUCUUCUUCUUCUUCUUCUUCUUCUUCUCCUCCUCCUCCUCCUCCUCCUCCUCCUCCUCCUUCCUUAUUGAUCAGUUGAGCAGCGAGAACAGGGGAAGGGUAUUUACCUCUUCAUCGUCUUCUUCUUUAUCGUUUACUGAUUAGUUGAGAGGCGAGAACAGGGGAAGGGUAUUUUAUUCCUCCUUCUUCUUCUCCUUCUCCUUCUCCUUCUCCUUCUCCUUCUUCUCCUUCUCCUUCUCCUUCGUCUCCUUCUCCUUCUUCUUCUUCUCCUCCUUUCUCCUUCUUCUUCUUCUCCUCCUUUCUUCUUCUUCUUCUUCUUCUUCUUCUUCUUCUUCUUCUUCUUCUUCUUCUUCUUCUUCUUCUUCUUCUUCUGCUUCUCAUCCUUCUUCUUCUUUCUUCUUUCUUCCUUCUUCUUUCUUCUUCUUCUUCUCCUCCCCCUGCUUCUCCUUCCUCUCCUCCUCCUCCUCCUCCUCUUUUUUCUCCUUCUCCUUGCUCUUCUUCUUCUUCUUCUUCUUCUUCUUCUUCUUCUUCUUCUUCUUCUUCUUCUGCUGCUGCUGCUGCUACUGAUUUGUUGACGGCAAUCAAUCGCUCAGAGUGCUGAUUCCCCUCGUCUCUGCGUCCUAUCUCUGCGCAUUUUGUGUCGUGCCGUGUUGCCUCACCGGAAAUCAAUGGUUCAAAAUGUAUGGCGCCAGUACUGUUUUCGUCUUUUGUCUCUCCUCCUCUCUGAUUCAUCUUGGAUUCUCUCCCCCUUCCUCGUUGCGUCAUAUCUCAUGUUUUUUGUUUGGCAUGUCUCGCCUCAUCGUGUCUCUUUGUUUCUUGGUGGCCUCUUGUGUGCGACACUCGCUAACGCCCGAUCGGCCAAGGCUUG